AAAACCUUCACUCCUGACAGAGACUGCAGAGAACUUCCACAGUUGGAAAGAAUGCAGCUUCUUCAUUCAACUUCUAAACCAAACUCUUCUUCUACUCGUUUCAUCAGGUUCAUCAUCUUCUCAUCAUCCAUCCUCACCCUUUACCUUCUGGUCUUGCUCUUCCUCGUCGCUUCAUCCAAGCUCACGAGCGUAACUUCCUGGGAAAGUUCAGCUUCACAGCACUCACCGACGACUCUCGAGCACAUUGUGUUCGGGAUUGCUUCCAACAAGAAAUCAUGGCAGAAGCGGAAGGAGUACGUCAAGCUCUGGUGGAAGCAGCCACACCAGCAGCAGCAGAUGGGGAUGAGGGGCUGCGUGUUCCUCGAGGCGCCACCUGAUGACUUCAAUGUCACCUCUGGCAAUGACAACUCCACACUCCCUCCAAUCUGCAUCUCUCAGGACACCUCCAGGUUUCGUUACACCUUCAAAAACGGUCUGAGGUCGGCGAUUCGGGUGGCGCGUGUGGUUUCCGAGACGGUGGCGCUGAAUCAUUCUGACGUCAGGUGGUUUGUGUUUGGUGACGACGACACUGUUUUCUUCCCGGAGAACUUGGCGAAGACAUUAUCGAAGUACGAUCACGGGCUUUGGUACUAUAUAGGGUCGAACUCGGAGAUCUACGAGCAGAAUAGGUUGUUUGGGUUUGACAUGGCCUAUGGUGGAGCAGGAUUUGCUAUUAGCUAUCCGCUGGCUAAAGUUCUUGCCAAGGUUUUUGAUUCUUGUAUCGAAAGGUACCCUCAUCUUUAUGGAAGUGAUUCCAGGAUCUCUUCUUGCUUGGCCGAGCUUGGAGUGACGUUAACUCGAGAGCCCGGUUUCCAUCAGCUGGAUUUCCAUGGCAAUAUGUUCGGUAUACUGACAUCACAUCCAACGACACCAUUGGUAUCCCUCCAUCACAUGGAUCACAUCGACGCGAUCUUCCCUAACAUGACAACCCAGGAUUCUGUAAAUCAUUUACUAGAGGCAGCAAAGAUCGAUUCCCAGAGGGUUCUGCAGAAGACCGUGUGCUAUGAUCGCUGGUUCUCGUGGACCAUUUCCAUUUCAUGGGGCUACGCAGUCGAGGUCUACGGCAAUCACAUGCUUCUCCCGGACGUACUUCCCGUUCAAACCACUUUCAGGCAAUGGAGCAAAGGUGACGUUCUAGCUGCAACUUACGUUUUCAACACCAGACGGCCUCACCCGGAUCCAUGCAGAAGAGCCACAGUUUUCUUUCUUGAUCGUGCUUCUUCGGAGGGGAGUGAUAAUCAACAGUUGGUGACCAGUCAUUACAAGAAGAUGUUUGUAAAUUGCUCGCAAGAUAUGGGUUCACCUAGAAGGCUUGAAGAGAUUAAGGUGGUCUCGCAUAAGCUUGACCUCAGCGACAAACAGCUGCGGGCUCCAAGGCGCCAAUGCUGUGAAGUUUUGCCUUCUUCUGGGAACAAAGUGAUGGAGAUUGCGAUUAGGGAAUGUGAAGAAGAUGAACUGAUUCACAUGAAAUAGGUAAACUUGUCUUGCUGCGAGACAUAUAUACUUGGUUGCCAUUGCAAGAUUCAUAUGGUUGAAUGGAGCUUGAGAGAUGAAAAUCCAGACAAGGGUUGGGGAUCUUGUAGCUGUUUUGCAGAGGCAGUGGAAAUGAAUGCCCCAACUUUUUUGGAGUAAAUCAAGAGGGAAUACAGAGGCUUAUUUGACUUUUUCUUUGUGGAAAAGAAUCCACUUUUGAUUGUUGUGCGAGCAAAUAGAGAUUAAAGAUAAUUUUUUUUAAGAAUAAUGAAGAAGAAACCAUAGGAAAAUGUACUCUUAUACGGACACAGAAUAUGGAUGAUAAAUUUUCAUCCAAUGAGUAGUCAACAAAGCAACAAACUUUCUUGCCAUGUGUUUCUGGUAUUUCUCCCUGGUCUGCAAAGAUUUGAGUCUUUUGGUUGAUUUGAUUUUCGAUUUAGCUGGCUGUGGACAGGGGUGUCCAACGGUCCGCACCUGAGCAGACCAAUUUUGAAUCGGAUCGAAUGUGAAAUUAAGAAGAGGUUGAACUGGUUAGUUCAAUCCCAACGAUUUUACUUGUUGAGAUGGAACUCAAUCAAGACUGGAAAAUAUUGCAGAAAUAUCUCCGUUUGGUUUGGAUUGGUUUCUGCUCUGGUUUAAUCCAAUUCGGCCCCGAUCCAAAACACUAAAACCUAGAAUGGGUAAAAGAUUUUGGUUUUGAAAGGAAAAAAAAAAGAGGCGAGUAACAAUUGGUUUGAUGAAGACCGAUGGGAACAACAAUUUUCCGUUUCUUUUCUGCAUUAAGCAAUGUGAACGACUACAUCAUAUGAAGAUAUUUCUGCUCGUUGGCACGUUUCUUGGGAAAAAUCUUCCUUUUGCAACCGUGUUAAAUGGUUAGGAAGGUUAAUUUAUUGUCCCACUUGUGGCUGAUCUCAUCUCAUCUCUGCUUCAGAAAAUGAAGUCCAUGAUAUCUUUCAUAUUUCUAUCUCUGCUGCUGCUUCAUUUCGACAACCCCAUUAGAGCCCAAAUUCCCUAUGUGAUCUGUGUCACAAAUGGAAACUACACUUCAGGAAUUUCCUUUCAGCAGAAUCUGAAGCAGACACUGAUGUCACUUGCUGCUAAUGCGUCCCUCACAGGUUACUACACUAUGCACUCAAGAAAAGGAACAGCUGCUUGUCUAUGAGUACAUUUCCAUUGGGAACUUGGACCAACUACUAUCUGGUAUUAAUUAUGUCUUUUCAGGAACGUGUCUUCUCCUUCUUUUUGGGUGGAAAAUCCAAUUAACAGACUAAGUAAAAUGUGCAAAAUCUUUUCAUGAAGCAGCUGAAAGUCCAUACCGACUUGGAAACAAGGUACAGAAUCAAUGUUGGAAUUGCUCGAGGAAUGCUUUACCUGCACAAAGAUUCGCGUCUUAAGAUUGUUCAUCGUGAUUUCAAAGGAGCGAACAUUCUGUUGGAUGAGUCUAUGAACCCUAAAAUUGCAGAUUUUGGGACUGCAAGACUCUUUUCAGCAACUCAGACUCACAUCAGCACAUAAAAGGUUGCGGGCACUUGGUAAAGAAACAAAAAUGCUUUCUAGUCACUGAGUCAACAUAUUUAAAACUCAGUCUCAUCCUUUUCUUUUGUUAAUGAUUAAAGCGGGUAAAUGUCCCCAGAGUAUGUCAAGAAUGGUCAGUUCUCUACUGUAUCUAAUGUCUAUAGCUUUGGAAGUCUGGUCUUGGAGAUCAUUUCUGGUGAAAGAAUCACUACUGCUCGCAACUACUCUAAUCUUUAGAGCGAUGUACGUAUUAAUGUGACUAUCUUUCCAUUUUUUCUACGUGAGUUUUAUACUUGCAUUGAUUUUAAUGAAUUCCGAGGCAUGGU